AUGGAUACUUAUACUGGUACUAUUAAACCCGAGCUAAAGAUCCAAGAGCUCACUGCGGAAAAAGUUAAAUUUAUACUUACGAACGUGGGUCUGAGCAUGGCAAAUGCUCUGAGACGCAUAAUGCUUUCUGAAAUAGCUACUAUAGCUAUUGAUAUGGUGGAAUUUGAACUAAACACUUCUGUGUUAGCGGACGAAUUCAUUGCACAUCGUUUAGGUUUAAUACCGUUAGACAGCACUGAAGCUGAAAAAAUCAAAUAUUCUAGGGAGUGCAAUUGUAAUGGGGCAUGUAAAGAAUGUAGUGUUGAAUUAAAUAUGCAUGUAAAGUGCACUGAAGAAGAUAUCACGAAAGAUGUCACUAGUCGAGAUCUUGUCAGCAGUGAUCCACGCUUUACGCCUAUUCAAGAAGGGCCAAAGGAUCCAGGAAUUUUGAUUGCUAAACUUCGCAAAGGUCAAGAAAUUAAAGUGAAAUGCAUCGCUAAAAAGGGUGUAGCAAAGGAGCAUGCUAAAUGGAGUCCUUGUGCUGCCGUUGCUUUUGAAUAUGACCCAUUUAAUAAGCUUAGGCAUACAAAAUAUUGGAUUGAAGAGGACGAACAGAGAGAAUGGCCGGCAAGUAGAAAUGCCGCAGAUGAUUUUGCACCAGGGGAUGGUGAAGCAUUCGAUUUUAAUGCCAGACCGAACAGAUUUUAUUUUGAAGUCGAAACUAUUGGAUCCAUGAAACCUGAAGAUAUUGUUAUGAACGCUUUUAAAAAGUUGUUAGAAAAGAUUUCAUCAAUUCAAAUGGGUAUGUCAACAAACGAUGGUAUGUCUGGCAGAGAUCAACCUAGAGAUUCUUAUUAA